CGGCGUGUCGAGCUCGAAUCGAAAACAGGCACAUAGAGUUCCGCAAGGAGCAACGAAGCGAUCUAAGUUGCUACUAGAGCCGUACGCUGCUUCGCCACGUGCCAGCAGAUUUGGAGCGACGCGCUCCAGUGAUUACUCAAAGGCACACACCAUGGCUGGCUUCGGCGGCGCGCUCCCGGGCGGCAUCGGCGAGAUGGCCAAGAGUCUGGGACUGGACAAUCUUGAUGAUCUAGACAAAGCAAUGGCCCCCGCGCCGGCACCGGAUGCAUUACCGCCGACGCAGGGCCGGCCGUCGACCGAGGUCGUCGCCGGCGAGGAGGCCAUCAAACCCGAGGGCUGGUGGCACCCCAAGGCCGCCGGCGACCAGGCGCCACCGGCCGCUGAUGCCGCCGAGCCGGAGAAGCUCGCUUCCGCAAAGCGGGAAGAGCACGUCGAGACCGCGCCGUUUCCGUCCUUCGCGCUGAGCGACGAGGGCAAACGAGUGGUUUUAUAUUUCGGCCUGCCGAACGCCAUGGAGUUGUUGGGCGAGAACGCCGUCGUGGCUACCGUUAGAGUGCAAGCCUUGGAAGUGGUCGCCCGGGUGGGCAACACCGCGUACCGCUUCCACGAGUCUAUCUUGUUCGAGCACGUCGUGCCCGCCAAAACUAAAGUCAGAGUCAAGAAGGACCGCGUCGUCGUGUCCAUGCUCAAGGUCUUCGAGAAGGCCUACUGGGAGUCGGUCUCGGUGAAUAGAAGAGCCGUGGGCCCCGUGCGCAAGUCGCCGCCGGACCACGGCCGGGCGACGACGGUCUACGGGUCGGGGGCUAAGAAAUGAGAUCCCUGUG